AUGUUUUUGACUAGAAGCGAAUAUGACCGUGGUGUCAACACUUUUUCGCCUGAAGGUCGACUUUUUCAGGUCGAAUAUGCAAUUGAAGCUGUAAAAUUAGGUUCAACGAGUAUUGGUAUUCGUACAAUUGAAGGAGUAAUUUUGGCCGCAGAAAAGCGUGCUACAUCAAAGUUAAUGGUGAAUGAUGCGAUUGAAAAGAUAUCAAAAGUCGACUCACAUGUUGCAGUAACGUUUGCUGGUCUUAUUGCCGAUUCAAGAACAUUGGUGGAGCGAGCACAGAUCGAAGCCCAAAACUUCUGGUUCACAUAUAAUCGUAAAAUACGAGUUGAGGAUGUAACAAUGUCAGUUGCUAAUCUGGCAUUACAGUUUGGCGAUGAUGACGCAAAGGCGUCUAUGUCAAGACCGUUCGGUGUUGCUAUGCUUUUUGCCGGAGUUGACCAAGAUGGGCCACGGCUUUUUCAUUUGGACCCGUCGGGUACUUUCAUCGAUUGUUUAGCAAAGUCAAUUGGAGCUGCUUCAGAUGGAGCGGAACAAACUUUAAAAGAACAAUAUCAUGAGUCGAUAUCACUGGUGGAGGCUGAAAAGAUUGCGCUUUCAAUUUUGAAACAAGUAAUGGAAGAGAAACUUACAAGUUCUAAUGUUGAAUUAGUUGCAAUAACUCCAAUGAAAGACAACAAAGGUCGGCUAACUGGAAGAUUUGAACGACUGAGUAAAGAACGACUGGACAUCUUAAUAGCCGAGUUAUGA